CUCGGGGCCUCGGCCGUCGCGCCCCGCCCUGGCUCCCCCGGGAGGCCGGCCGCGGGGCGGGGGCAGGGGCGGGGAGGCGCGGGGGAGUGGUCAGGCCGGUUAAGAUCGGAGGGGGCGGCGGCCGGACCGCUCACUCGCCGCAGCUGUCUGGGGGCCUAAGUCUCCGCACGGCUCCUGCUGGGGGCUGCCCACGCCAACCACCUGCUUCAGUCACCUCCUCUUCCAACGCCCAGCUUCCCUGGCCACAACAUCCCCUAAGAUGGCAGAGGAGGGCAGCAGUACCAAGGACUCCGAGUCCUUCAGCGUGCUCAACUGGGAUCAAGUUAGCCGGCUACAUGAGGUCCUGACUGAGGUCGUACCCAUCCAUGGACGUGGCAACUUUCCAACCUUGGAGAUAACCCUGAAGGACAUUGUCCAGACUGUCCGAAGCCGGCUGGAAGAGGCGGGCAUCAAAGUGCAGGACGUCCGGCUGAACGGCUCUGCAGCCGGCCAUGUUUUGGUCAAAGACAACGGCUUGGGUUGCAAAGAUCUGGAUCUGAUCUUUCACGUGGCUCUUCCCACAGAGGCAGAAUUCCAGCUGGUGAGAGAUGUGGUUCUGUGCUCCCUUCUGAACUUUCUGCCAGAGGGCGUGAAUAAGCUCAAAAUCAGCCCCGUGACCCUGAAGGAGGCUUACGUGCAGAAGCUGGUGAAGGUCUGCACAGACACAGACCGCUGGAGCCUGAUUUCCCUCUCCAACAAGAACGGGAGGAACGUGGAGCUCAAGUUUGUCGACUCCAUCCGGCGUCAGUUUGAGUUCAGCGUGGACUCUUUCCAGAUCAUCCUAGAUUCUUUGCUCUUUUUCUAUGACUGCUCCAGUAACCCCGUCUCCGAGCAUUUCCACCCUACGGUGGUUGGGGAGAGCAUGUACGGGGAUUUUGAGGAAGCCUUUGACCAUCUUCAGAACAGGCUGAUCGCCACCAAGAACCCUGAAGAGAUCCGAGGUGGGGGUCUUCUUAAGUACAGCAACCUUCUUGUGCGGGACUUCAGGCCUGCGGACCAGGAGGAGAUCAAGACUCUGGAGCGCUACAUGUGCUCCAGGUUUUUCAUCGACUUCCCCGACAUCCUGGAGCAGCAGAGGAAGCUGGAGACCUACCUUCAGAACCACUUCGCCGACGAGGAGAGAAGCAAGUACGACUACCUCAUGAUUCUUCGCAGGGUCGUGAAUGAGAGCACCGUGUGCCUCAUGGGGCACGAGCGCAGGCAGACCCUGAACCUCAUCUCUCUCCUGGCCUUGCGUGUGCUGGCGGAACAAAACAUCAUCCCCAGUGCCACCAACGUCACCUGUUACUACCAGCCAGCUCCUUAUGUCAGUGAUGGCAACUUCAACAACUAUUACAUUGCCCACCCUCCAGUUACCUACAGUCAGCCUUAUCCUACAUGGCUGCCCUGUAACUAACCUUAAGACCUGAGGGUUUCCACAGUGGGAACCCAUUUAGGGCAGGGGCUCUCAGGUAGGAGAGCCUCUUUCUAGAUGUAGGUGUUUGGCUUUUAAAGGGGACUCAGCUCUGACUCUGUUUUUCUUUGUGUACCCAUUGGAAUAGUCCACCGACUGUCAUGAGCCAACCCUAAAAGGACCCAUAGUACAGUGCCACUCGGGGAGAUGCAGUAGGAAGCGUGACUUCUCACCAUCUUUUUAAGAUAGUCACUAACACGUCACUUCCCAGACAUUAGCACUUGGGAUUUGAGCUCGGCACAGUCUCUGAGAUUGGACAGCCAGCGUAUGAGAAACAAUCCAGGCGCUCUCCUUGGCUGAGUCUACGGUAGACUGCAGGCUCUCUCAUUCAGGAUUCUCAGCAGUCACGUGAAAGCUGAGCUGAUAGUCUCUUACUGUGUCGAUUUUAGUCAGCUCCCCAAACUGAUAAAACAUGAGGGUGCUCUUUGUGACUGAAUUUUCACUCACGGGACUAAGUUGUGUAUGUCUAGUCCCCAUCGGCAGAGCUGAGAAUUUCAUUCAUCAAUAAACCAAAGCCAAUAGCUGGAGACUUGAGAUCUGGUUGAAAGUGGUUUAUGGUAUAUGCUGUGCUUUAUCAAGGAAUUAUGAGAUAUUGUGGAGAAAAAAAUGACCUUUUUUCUUGAAAUGUAACUUGAAAACAAAAUAAAAUGUGGAACAUAAUGUUAAAGUAGAAUUGUGGUGGCGGAGGGGUGGUGAUUGUCGAUAGGAAACAUGAAUGUUUUGUUUUUGGUUUUGUUUUUCUUUUCUCUUUAAAGAAUUCUUAUUGAAUGACACGUGCCCCACCCCCUCCCCCAUUGGCUCUCUGGUGACUGACUCUCCUUUGCUCUUCUUAAGAGUAAGGAGUGUAGGGGUUGGGGAUUUAGCUCAGUGGUAGAGCACUUGCCUAGCAAGCGCAAGGCCCUGAGUUCAGUCCCCAGCUCCGAAAAAAAAGAAAAAAAAAAAAAAAAAAAGAGUAAGGAGU